AUGCCUCCUAGACCACAAUUCGACCUUCAAAGAGGAGGGGCGGAGCCUAAUCGUGCUUCGGACACCUCUAAGAAGAGUACGGUUCCAACAGUGACGUGCAUAACUUUUCUUAAUAACAAAUUAAUCGAUUGUUUUGAUCCUUUCGCACCACAGGUGCUCGCAGUACCAGCUUUCGCUGGCCCCACAGAUGACGACGAUGAGGACAGAAAACAUGCAUACACACCUUCUACUAUUGAGAAAAUCAUUAAUAUUUUGUUGUGCAGAGGUGAUCUUGCCAAUCAAGUGUUGGAGGUGGCGCCAGUUUCGAUAAUAGGAUUGUUUCGAUUCGGCACAUCUUGGGACUAUUUCUGCAUAUUUAUUGGCGUGAUUUGUGCGAUCCUGAGUGGAAUAUCGCAGCCAGUUUUGGCACUUGUCAGUGGACGCGUCACAAACGUAUUGUUGGUAUAUCCGCCAAAUUCCAAGCAGUUCCGCAACAAAGCUUAUGAAAAUGUGUAUAUUUUCCUUGGCAUUGGAGUGCUAAUGUUCAUUACAAAUUUCAUCCAGUUCAUGUGUUUCCACAGCUGUUGUACACGAAUUAUUGCGAAGAUGCGUCACGAGUAUGUCCGCUCGAUUCUGCGUCAGAACGCUGGCUGGUUUGACAGAAAUCAUUCCGGCAAGUUAACGACGAAACUGAACGACAACAUGGAGCGAAUCCGAGAGGGGAUAGGCGACAAACUCGGACUACUGAUUCGCGGUUGUGCAAUGUUCAUCGCAGCCGUCAUUAUUGCGUUCAUCUACGAAUGGCGACUAGCGCUUAUGAUGUUGGGUGUCGCGCCAUCCACUUGCCUUAUUAUGUCAAUCAUGGCCAGGAAAAUGACCGCCACAACCAUGCGGGAAUUGGCCGGAGUUGGAAAGGCUGGAUCAAUAGCUGAAGAAUCGCUCAUGGGUGUGAGGACAGUGCAGGCGUUCAACGGACAGCAAGAAAUGGUGGACAGGUAUUCAGCUGAGUUAGGUCGUGGAAAAGUAUUCGCAAUAUGGAAAGGCUUCUGGAGCGGUUUUCUCGGAGGCUUAUUCUUCUUCGUGCUGUUCUCAUUCUUGGGAUGUGGCAUGCUUUACGGUGGCUAUCUGCUGAAAGUUCAAAUCGUAAAAACACCCGGUGAUGUGUUUAUUGUCGUGAUGUCGAUGCUACUAGGAGCGUACUUCCUCGGUUUGAUCUCACCUCACCUCAUGGUUUUGCUGAACGCGCGUGUAGCAGCCGCAAGUAUCUACCAAACAAUCGACAGGGUGCCUAAAAUCGAUGUCUAUUCACCUCUUGGCAGACGGCCAGAUCGUAUUCAAGGGCGAGUUGUGUUCGAGAACGUGCACUUCAGAUAUCCCAGUAGGAAGGAAGUGAAGGUACUCAACGGUCUGAAUCUUGUAGUCGAAGCAGGACAGACUGUAGCCUUGGUAGGCCACUCGGGUUGUGGAAAAUCCACCUCUGUUGGUCUGCUGACCCGUCUCUAUGAGCCCGAAUCCGGGCGUGUUACUCUGGACGGAGAGGAUGUGCGUGGACUGAAUAUUGAAUGGUUACGGAACGCCGUUGGGAUCGUGCAACAGGAACCCUGUCUGUUCAACGAUACCGUAGCAGGGAAUCUUCGUAUGGGCAACCCACAUAUUUCUCUGGAACAAAUGGUCUAUGUUUGUAAAAUGGCAAAUGCCCACGAUUUUAUUGUCAAACUCCCGAAGGGCUACGAAACCUACAUUGGAGACGGUGGUGUCCAGCUAUCGGGUGGUCAAAAGCAACGCAUCGCUAUUGCAAGGACAUUGGCGAGAGAUCCUAAGUCAGCGCUGAACAAUGCUGCUCGUGGCAGAUCAACGAUUGUGAUCGCUCAUCGUCUGUCAACGGUUAGGGACGCGGACAAAAUCGUCUACUUUGAAAAAGGAGAGAUAGCAGAGCAGGGAACACAUGAAGAGCUUGUGAAGCUAGAAGGAAGAUACUAUGACUUGGUGAAGGCUCAACAAUUCCUACCAGAGGCUGAAGAUUUGGAGGAGGAAAUCGAUCUGAACGAACCUGAUCCGCCAAUGUUUCAAAUGUCUCGACGAUCUACAUUGACAGAGUCGAAGAGAUCAGGCUACGAUGCUUUUGUUCGUGGACAAUCGAUAAAUGAUUCGUUUGGACAACAUUCUCGUACGUCUGAAAUUAAUGCAGAGAGUGAGGCACAAGCUUUGGAAGUUAAAAAGAUCAUGGAACAGGAUGGCAUUAUCAGUGCUGGUUUCUAUGAUAUCUACAAAAACGCUUCUGGCAACUAUCAUUGGAUGCUACUUGGCCUUAUUACGGCGAUGUGUAGAGGUCUUGAGCUUCCAGCACUAGCAAUGAUUUUUGGUUAUGUUUUCGAAGCUUUCCAAAUGGUCCCCUGGGGAGCGGAUAUGAUGCACAGACUAUGCAUGGCUGUAAUUGUCUACUCAUCUGUUGGCUUGGGUGUGCUUCUGUUCCAGUUACUCAGCAGCGUGUUCUUCGCUAUUGUCUCGGAGAAUCUUGCAAUGCGAUUCCGUAUAGAGACGUUCAAAAAUCUUCUCUUCCAGGAUGCUGGCUAUUUCGAUAAUCCAGCUCACGCUCCUGGAAAACUUAUUACUCGUUUAGCUACCGAUGCCCCAAAUAUCAAGGCGGUCAUCGAUGGUCGCGCUCUCCAAGUGAUCUACGCAGUAUCCGCGAUCAUUGGCUGCGUAGUAAUUGGAUUCGUGUAUUGUUGGCAGGUUACGUUACUUGGCAUUGGAUUGUUAUUCCUACUUGCGACAUCGAUGAUAUGGUUAGCACGAACGAUUAUGAUCAAAAAUAUCGAACUGAUCAAGAACGACGAAGCUGGACGUCUUGCCAUCGAAACGAUUGAAAACGUCCGCACAAUACAAUUACUUACACGAACCAUGUUGUUCUAUUCACGCUAUGAAGCCUCCAGCAAAUAUCAAAAGCGAUCCGAGUUGACUAAAGGAAUCUUCGAGGGGAUCAAUUUUACUAUUUCGCAGUCGUUCACCUAUAUAAUGGUGUGUCUUACGUAUGCCGUCGGAAUUCACAUUAUUUACACGGAACAGAAAACUUCAGACAGUGUGUUCAGGAGCAUUAUCGCUAUGCUUUUGGGCUCCGUCGCUGUGAUGAACUCCUCCGCAUACUUUCCCGAGUUCGUCAAAGCUCGUACUGCAGCUGGUCUUCUGUUCAGCAUGAUCUAUCGUAAGCCAAGAACCGGUGACGCAGAGAUGGGCGAAAAAGCAGUAAUUCGUGGCAACAUAUUGUUCGACGAUGUGAAGUUCAACUAUCCGCAGCGUCCAGGUCAACCUGUGAUGCGUGGUUUACAAUUCUCUGCGCAAAAGGGUCAGACGGUAGCCUUAGUGGGGCCGUCCGGCUCCGGAAAAUCCACUAUCAUCUCCAUGUUAGAGCGUUUCUACGACACUACUGGCGGUUAUGUGCGUUUCGAUGGAAAGGAUAUCAAGACCCUCUCACUGAAUCACCUUCGAACCCAAAUGGCCUUGGUAGGACAGGAGCCACGGCUUUUCUCCGGUACCAUAAAGCAAAAUAUUUGCUUUGGUCUGGGAGAGGUCUCGAUGGAGAAAAUCGAUCGUGCGCUUGAACUCGCCAACGCCAAACGAUUUCUGGCAAAUCUUCCCGCUGGCAUCGAAACUGAGGUCGGCGAGAAAGGUACACAAAUGUCCGGUGGCCAGAAACAACGUAUAGCCAUCGCCAGGGCACUAGUGCGAGAUCCGAAGAUCUUGCUGCUCGAUGAGGCUACUAGCGCUUUGGAUUCAGAAAGUGAAAGGGCUGUUCAAAAAGCACUAGAUUUGGCAAGGGAAGGACGCACUUGUAUAACAAUAGCACAUCGACUCUCAUCGAUUCAAAACGCUGAUCUGAUCGUAUACAUCGAAAACGGUAAAGUGCGCGAAUCUGGGUCGCACUCACAAUUAAUGCAUCGCAAAGGACGCUAUUACGAACUAAUCAAGAAGCAGGACCUUACCACAUGA